AUGCAAUACAAAGUGAACGAGUGCCGCACCGCCCGUGUUGCUGAGGUCCUGUCCGACUUCCGAACGCUCCAGUACUAUAUUGCAGCCGGCCCUGUCGAGCCAGAAAACGAGGAGGACUACUACACCGAGGGAUGGGCGCUCUUGCGGCAAUGCACUGUCGACGGGCAGUACAUUCUGGACGUGGCCGCCGAUACCAGGGUACCCUCGGCCCAAGGGGGAGAGGAAGAGCAAGCCAAAGCCGAGUUGCAGCAGGUCUUGCUUGAUGCUUAUGCGCGACGGCACGAGGGGCAAAAGAUACUGCUGAGACAGGCAGCGGCGCAGCGAUGGAUCGAGUACCGAGAACAGGUCUUGCAGGGCCAACGACCACAUCCGGGGAACCAUGCCCAGCUGCAAGCCCUGGACAACCAGCUUCGAGCGGAAUUGGCCGCCAUCACUGACGAAUACGUCUAUGCUGAGCUGCUGUCUGCGGAUCAGGCGCAGGGCCGCUGGACAGUCGAAGAUCCGAGUUUGCGAAGAAUCCAGCGCUGGCUUCAGUCUCGACGACGGUAA